UGGCGGAAGGAGAUCCCAGAGUUUGGGGCCAAACGACCUCCCAGGACCUAGGGGAUUCCCCCCUCCCCUCUCCCCUCCCCUCCCCGAGAAGUUUAAAGGAAGCCUGCGUUUCAUUUUUUUUUUUUUAUUCUCGAGUUGCACGGUUCAGACGAGCGGGCGUUAUCAAUCAUUCUUCUUGCGAUUGCUUGCGAAGGGGAGGGCAGAGUUGCCCCUCCCGUGUUUUUCUGCCUCUUCCCCCCCACCCCCCCGCUUCCCCAAUUAGAAUUGUAAAGAGAUCACCCUUAGACGAUAUAGAGAUGGCUUCCAGUCCAAACGAUUCGGAUCCGAACUCCCAGCAAGGGGACGAUGAUCCGAAUCCAAAUAUCAGUCCUCAAGAAGAGCUGGACUUCUCGAUUUUAUUUGAUUAUGACUAUUCGCAGCCAGUAGCAGAAGAACCGACUCCUUCACAUAAAAUCAUCAGCCCACCCACUGGAGUUACUUACCCUCAUGAUGAUGUCUCGGAUUAUGGCCUCAAGCCGUACCCCUUCGCUUUGUCUAGCCUUUCAGCAGAUCACAUGGGCAGAUAUGGACAGCCAGAUAGCAUAGGGUCAAAAUGCUACUUGGACCCUUUCAAGGCUGCAGGUCCCCCUACUUUGAGCCCUAGGAUUGAGAUAACACCAUCUUAUGAACUGAUUCACUCAGGGGGGCCCUUCAGCAGCAGAGACACAGAUCUAUUGGUAGAGCAUCAGUCCAGCUCAGCUACCGCUAGCCCAAGGUUUACCCUGCCGGUCCCUGGCUUUGAGAGCUACCGAGAACCACUGUGCCUGAGCCCUCCUAGCAGCGGCUCCUCUGCAAGCUUCAUUUCAGAGACAAAUUUCUCUCCUUAUACUUCACCAUGCGUUUCACCAAAUAAUGGCCCUAGUGAUGACCUGUGUCCACAGUUUCAAAACACCCAUGCUCAUUAUUCCCCUAGAACCUCGCCAAUAAUGUCCCCACAAGCAACUGUCGUGGAGGAUACCUGCUUGGGGCCACGUUCACCAUCACCUCAUCCCAACUCAAGGUCGUCAUCGCCAGGGGCAAAACGGAGGUACUCUUGCACUGAGCUCUACGGGAGUCAGCACCCACACUCUUCUCCACGGCAAUCGAGGACCCCUUCUCCACAGGCCUCUCCCCACAUUUCCCUGGGAGAAGACGGAGCGACAGUCACUUACACCCAGUUGUCCACCUCAUCUAGUCUCAUGGAUGCCAUGAACAAUCUCACCACUGACCCUUCCUGCGGAGUUCCCACCAAAAUAUGGAGGACCACUCCAGAUCCUUCGCCACUGGCUUCCCACAAAGCCAGUAUGCCAUGCCACGUGCUUCAGCCCAUCGAAUACAUUGGAUCCUGUGAGCAGGAGAACCGAAGGAACCCACCGCCAGAUUCAAUCCUUUUGGUGCCGCCAUCUUGGCCGAAGCAACUGAUGCCUCCGAUACCAAUCUGCAGAUUAGCAAAGAUUGAGCGGCUUCAUGGUUAUGUGGACCACAAGCCCUUGGGCCUUCAGAUCUUCAUUGGAACGGCAGAUGAGAGGAUUCUUAAACCACAUGCUUUUUACCAAGUCCAUCGCAUCACAGGGAAAACAGUCACCACCACCAGCUUUGAGAAAAUCAUUGGCAACACCAAAGUGCUGGAAAUUCCUCUGGAGCCAAAAAACAACAUGAAAGCAACCAUUGACUGCGCAGGAAUCCUCAAGCUGAGGAAUGCAGACAUUGAAUUACGGAAAGGAGAAACAGAUAUUGGCCGAAAGAACACUCGUGUACGAUUGGUGUUCCGCGUGCAUAUCCCUGAAUCUAGUGGCCGGAUAGUUUCGUUGCAAGUUGCAUCCAACCCCAUUGAAUGCUCUCAGCGUUCGGCUCAUGAACUUCCAAUGGUUGAAAGACAAGAUGUGGACACCUGCCUUGUAUACGGUGGACAGCAAAUGAUUUUAACCGGCCAGAAUUUUACAGCAGAAUCCAAAGUCAUCUUCACAGAGAAGACACCAGAUGGGCAGCAGGUUUGGGAGAUGGAGGCUACAGUGGACAAAGACAAGAGCCAAUCUAACAUGCUGUUUGUAGAGAUUCCAGAAUAUCGGAACAAGCACAUUCGUGUCCCUGUUAAGGUGAAUUUCUAUGUUAUCAAUGGGAAACGGAAAAAAAGUCAGCCACAGCAUUUUACCUACCAUCCAGUGCCUUCCAUAAAAACAGAGCCCAUUGAUGACUAUAAUCCAAGUUUAAUCUGCAAUACAGUACACAGUGGUCUGAGAACAGUAACACAGCCUUAUUAUUCACAUCAUACAAUGGCCUCGGAGUCUCCUUCCUGUCUUGUGGCUACAAUGGCUUCUUGCCAACAGUUGCAUUCAAAUCUCUCUUCUCCCGAAUCUCAGUAUCCUUCACAAAACCCAGGAGCUAUAAUAUAUCAAAGAAGCAAGAGUCUCAGUCCAAGCCACCUGGGCUACCAGCAGUCCAACUUGAUGGGUACCCAGGUUUCCAUUCCAGAUGUUCAUAGGUCAGUGCUUGUGCACACAGGAUCUCCUAGCCAAAGUUCAGCAAUGCUCCAUCAUUCCCCAGCCAAUCAGCCAUCUUCUCCAGUGAUUCAUUGCUCUCCCACAGCCAAUCAUCAGAUGAGAUGUGAAAGCCAUCAAGAGUUUCAGCAUAUAAUGUGUAGUGAAAAUUUCACAUCCAGCGGAGUAAGGCCCCAUCAGCCUCAAGUCAAUCAAGCCCAAAGGUUAAGCCCAAGUUCUUAUCCCACUGUGAUUCAGCAGCAGAGAACGGCCAAAAAUGGACCACCAGUAAAUGAUCAGAAGGAAGUGGUAUCAGCUGGAGUCACUGUAAAACAGGAACAGAAUCUUGACCAAGCUUAUUUGGAUGAUGUUAAUGAAAUUAUCAGGAAAGAGUUUUCUGGACUCCCUGCCAGAAGUCAGUCAUAGAAGAUGAGAUUUAUGAGACAACUUUUGCAGAAUCCAUCUGUAUCUGACAAGAUUCUUCUCUUGUCCUGCUUGCCUUUUUGUUUCCUCAAGUGAUCAUCUCAAGGCAUCAGUUCAACACCAGGAACAAUGCACUGGCAUCCAGCUGACAAUUCUUUGUAAGCCACUCAGCACCUAUCAUUGUAAACAUCAAAGAAAACUCUCUUCCUAUUGUCCAAAGAUCAUGCAGGUCUCAUGUAACCUUG